AUGACCAUCCAAGAGGCAACUGAAGGUGGUUGGCAUAGGAAUCCUCGGGGGAAAGGAAAUAUUCCAAGAAGUGUUGAAAACUUGACAAUGCUAGAAAUGUUGGAUCUUUCUGAUAAUAACUUGGAAGGAAAUACUCCUCAAACAAUUGGUUAUCUAACAAACCUUAAAAUUAUAUAUUUAGGUGCUAACAAGUUGUCUGGUGAAAUACCAAGGAAUAUUGGAAAGUUGACAAAACUUCAUGCGCUAGACCUCAGUGCAAACAAUAUAGAAGGUCAUAUACCACAAGGUAUUGGACAAGUGGCUAUGCUCCAAGAUUUACGUCUUUUCAAAAAUAAUUUACAAGGAAAUAUUCCAAGAAGUGUUGAAAACAUGACAAUGCUAGAAACGUUGGGUCUUUCUCACAAUAACUUGGAAGGGUUCACUGGAAUUUCCAGUGCAGAAGACCCUAAUUCGAAAAAAUACUGGGAAGAAUUGACUGUGAAUUUUUGCUUGAAAAUUGGACUGACUUGUAAAGAACUUGGUGAAAAUUAUAUUGAAUUUAGAGAUCAAUACUUAGAGUUUUUAGCAUCUUCUUCUCUUGCCAACACCAUAGUUGAUAAUUCUGCAAUCUUUGACAGUAUGGCUGAUCAAUUGCAUGCUAAUGAACAUGAAAUACCUGCUAGGAGGAGUAUUAGAGAGAUGGUAGCACCUACUGACACAUUUAGACCUAGUGGUGAGGAUCCUAAUAGGCAUGUUCAAAUACUUGAGAGGGUUUGUUCAACCAUGAAGCCUCCCACAGCAAACUUGGAGAAUUUGAUGCUCAAGUGUCCAUACUUGAAUGUGGGCAAGAAGUUCCUCAUUGAUUAUUUUCAUGUGGGGUUGCAAAUCCAUGAUAGAGAGACCAUAGAUGCUGCUGCAAAUAGUUCUCUAUUAGAUCUUCCACUGGAUGAUGCAUGGGCCUUGUUGGAGAAGCUUGAUAUCUACUCUCAAUUGGAUUUUUUCAAGAUGUCUAUCUCCAAUCCUCUACAAGCUCAAAUUGCUUCUAUGUCCAAUGCUCUAGUGGUUUCUAUUUGUGGUAUAUGCAAUUCCACAAUGCAUGUCACCUCUAAUUGCAUGCAUGCUCAAGAUGUUGGGGCUAUGUAUCAACAACAAAGGCCCUACAAUUAUCAACAUAAUCAAGGGGCAAUGAAUAAUUUUGAGGCUAACUAUAGGAGCACCUAUAACCCAAGUUGGAGGCAACACCCUAACUUUAGCUACAAGGGUAAUCAAGAGAUUGUGCAAGCUAAGAAUUCUCAAGUGAUCCCUAUUCAAGAUGGUGGGGUUGAUAAACAAAUGUAUUCCUACCUUGAGAGGAUAGUUGAUGCUAUGUUUUCCAUGGGCCAAAAGUUUGAUUCCUAUGUGUCUAGAGCAGAAUUGAAAAUGGAUAUAUUGCUAAAGAGGAUGGAUAAUCUUGAAUCAAAACAACAAAGCACUAAUUUGGUGGUGCAACAAUUUGGAAAUUCAAAUAGCAUUAGCCAAGCUCAAGGAAGUGGAAACCUUCCAACUCAACCUGUCAUCAAUCUAAAGAGCCUUAGUGCAAUUGAGUUAAGGAGUGGAAGAAUUCUUGAAUCCAUUCCAAGUGCCUCAAACCAUGGUGGAAGCAAGCCUAAUGAGGUUAUUUCAAGGAAUUCUCAAAUUUGUAAAGGAAGCCCACUUUCUCUUGAUUCUCCACGUGAUUCCACUUGCUGUGACAGCAAGAUAAAUGUGCAUCCAAGUGCCUCACAUAGCCUCAAGAACAUGCCUCCUACCUCUCUAAGUCCUCAAGUAAUUGAUGGUAAGGAUGAUUCUAUUAAAGAGAUUGUAGUUGAGGAUGAAAAUGGGGCAAGAUCAGCCCUACAUGCUCAAGCAAAAGAGGCAAAAUUGAGCUCAAAUCAAGGCUAA